AUGGGGAAAUCCAGGGCCAGCCUACUUUGCAGCUUAAGGGGGCGGGCCAUCAGCACUGCCUCCUGUUUCAGAGUUAAGGAUGCAGAUCGCAAGGCUCUGUACAUGAGAGACCGCCACUUCCUGGUGGGAGAUCCCGCCGCAGACAACUGCCAGAUGAUCUGCAUACUCCCCAACAGAGGCCUGGGCCACACCAGUUUUCCCAUCUUCCUGGGGAUCCAGGGAGGCAGUCGUUGCCUGCCAUGUGUGGAGACAGGGGAGGGGCCUUCCCUGCAGCUGGAGGAAGUGAACAUCGAGGAUCUGUACAAGGGCGGUGACCAGCCCACCUGCUUCACCUUCUUCCAGAGACGCUCGGACCCCGCCUUCAGGCUGGAGGCUGCUGCCUGACCUGGCUGGUUUCUCUGUGGCUCGGCUGAGCCCCAGGAGUCCCUAUGGCUCACCAAGGAGAGUGAGCCCUCAGCCUGCACUGAGCUCUGCUUUGAACAGAGUCGGCAGAGAGGCAGGAAGCUGGGUUCCGGCCUGGCGCCCCCAAACCAAGCUCAUCCUGCUCAGGGCCUGUAGGAGGCAGAAUAAUGGCACCCCCCCAAAGAGGUCCACAUCCUGAUCCCCAGAACCUGUGAAUAUGCUACCUUACAUAGCAGAAGGGACUUCGCAAAUGUGAUUAAGGCUCAUCUAUCCUGCGGUAUCCCAGUGGGCCCAAGGUAAUCAAACACCAGGGUCCUCCUAUGAGGGAGGCGGGAGGGUAAGGGUAGAGGGAGGCUGGAAGAUGCUAUACCGCUAACUUUGAAGAUGGAGGAAGGGGCUGUGAGCCAAGGAAUGCAGGUGGUCCCUAGAAGCUGGAAAAGGGCAGGGAAUGGGUUCUCCCAUAGAGCCUCCAGAAGGAGCACAGCCAUGCCAACAACUUGACUUGAGCCCAGUGAAAACCAUUUCAGACUUCUGACCUCCAGAAGUGUAAAAUAAUAAAUUUAUGUUGUUCUAAGCCAUUGCAUUUGUGGUAACUUGUUACAGCAGCUGUAGGAAACUAACACAGGGAGUGAGUGGGCCUCUGUGUGCAGUAUUCAAUGCAAAAGGGACUGGAUAACUUGGUGAGUCCUUCUUGGAAGCCUGGCCAUGGCUUCUCCUCUGGCUCCUCUGCUCCAGAGCUUCUAGAAACAACCGAGAAACUCCAGGCAGAACCCAGCUCUCCUCCUCUGGCCAUGGACAAUGUCUUGGGCUGCUUACAAUUUCAGUUUUAGUUCAGGUCACGAUUUUUCUAUCAGAUACUUCACAAUGAAUCAGUCAUCCAACCGACUGACCGGUACCAUUAGUUGCCUGCUAG